AUGGGUAAAGCCCUCGUAGAGCCCCUUGGAGGCAGAGGGGAAGAGAUCGGUGUGAAUAUCAUCGAGGAGGUUAAGGACCACGAGCACACGACAUUCCCGUCUAACGGAGAAUGGCUACAACUCCUCCCGAAGCUGGAUUACCUUGCGUCCCUGAGGCUUCGUCAGCUAUCUUUCUUCAUUCCUAACGAACUGAAGAGCAACAUGCACACCCUCGUUCCACGCCUACAGACGCUGGAUUUGAAGACAAUGGAUUUCAGAGCAGACGACCUCGCAUCGUUGAUUCGUGCCUCUAGUGCCCUUUCCACCCUCAUCCUCCGCUCAGCGUCUGCAAUAUCGGGAUCCUUGUCAUCUUCAGUGGCCCCAACAAACGACAUGCUUGUCAACACCGUCAAUACGCUGGUCUGGGAUCCCAGCGCUGCUACGGGGCAAACCUCACCCUUGAUUCCGGUUACCCAGUGGCUCGAGGGAGCACAACGACGCCUACGGAGGCUCGCCAUAACGCGAAUUGACUCGGAGCCUACUCCGUUGAUGCUCGUGCAAAAACUGCUCAGUGACUCGGGAGAUUCACUGGAAGACUUAUUUCUCGAGUUCACGGACACGACGGACGCCAACGGAUUAGCACCCCUUCUCAAUCUUGGCGGCAACACUCGUCUCAGGACGCUGCACAUCGCAGUCCAUUCUGACCCUGCCCUACAUCACUCGCAUGUUGGUCGCGCCGAGCACUCGCGACGCGUUCGGUGA